GGAGACAAUCCUUUGCUCAGGAUAUAGGGGUCUCGGGACAAACACCGGCCUCUCUCUGUAUAUAUAUAUAGUAUAGAUCACUAUAGUUUACUAAGCACCCUCAUUGAUGUUCAGUUAGUGUAGUAGUAAAGUAGUUCACCCAUGAUACUGUAAUAAAGACGUUACUGACAUUGACGUGUGUUAUUGUUUAUGAUCAAAUUGGUAUUUACCAGGUGGAGACGGCGACAGACUCCGAGUCGGAGAGCAAAGGGCUUCCUCAGUACCAUUCUGUGGGCACCCAGGUGGAGGAUGACAAAGGGCAUGGCAGGUUCAAGCGCUCCAACAGCGUGACGACGGCCGUACAAGCUGACAUGGAACUAGAGGGCUUCCCCACCAUGGAGGACAAGGGCCUGCAGUUCGGAGGGGGCUUGGGCUUCCGCGGGGGCCACUCGGAGCCUAGCACGCCCACCCAGUACGGGGCUGUCCGCACCGUCCGCACCCAGGGCCUCUUCAGCUACCGGGAGGACUACCAGCGCUCCUCCAGCGGACCGCCCAGCCCGCAGCCCGAGUCGUGGCUGACAGAACCCUCUCUGGAGGGGGCUGAGACGGGCCGAGUGUCUCCCCUCCGCAGGGACGGCAGCUGGUUCAUGCAGCUCCUCCAUAAUGAAACUAAGAGGAUGGAGGGAUGGUGUAAAGACAUGGAGAGGGAGGCGGAAGAGCAUGACCUGUCGGAGGAGAUCCUAGGGAAAAUCCGAAGUGCCGUGGGCAGCGCACAACUCCUCAUGUCUCAAAAAUUCCAGCAGUUCUACUGGCUGUGUCAGCAGAACCUGGACCCCAGCGCCAUGCCCCGCCCCACCUCUCAGGACCUGGCCGGAUUCUGGGACCUGCUGCAGCUCUCCAUCGACGACGUCACUGCCAAGUUUGACGAGCUGCAGGAAAUCAAGAGCAACGAGUGGAGGCCCGUGGAGAGCCCCGAGAAGAAGACACCAUUACAGGAGAGGAAGUGGCCUCCCCCGCUGCCAAAGAGGCCUCCGAAGGGGCGUGGCGGCGUGAUGCGGGAGCGCUCUCUGGACCUGCAGGACCGCCAGCGUCAGGAGGCACGGCGCCGCCUCAUGGCAGCUAAGCGGGCGGCUUCCUUCAGACAGAACUCAGCCACAGAGCGGGCGGACAGCAUCGAGAUCUACAUCCCCGAGGCCCAGACCCGCCUUUGAGGUCCAAGCAUUUACCCCUCUAGCCUGACCCUAAGCUCUGCCCCCUUCCGGGCCCCAUAUCCCAGACCCAGCCAGUGGGUGUCACCCAGACUCCUUCCUCCCUCUUUCUUGUCGUCUGUGUCUCUCACUUUCACUUCUUACUGUUUCUCUCCAUCUAUUGCCCUUCUUCUGAUGUCCUCUCCCCUUUAAGACGGAGGUAAUAUUCACCACCCCUCCACCCCAUUAUAAUGAGCUGCUACUACAACCUCCCCUUUAACCGAACUGAUCCACCAUCACAAUUAUAUUUGGCUAAUUACAAGCAAAAUUAUUAUUUUCUAUACUGUAACAAAUUCUCUUGUUGGAAAUGUAUUCAUCCCCCCCAAGAGCUUUCGCAUUGCCAUCAUGUAUUAUGAGCCUCUGGGUAAAGUAAGGGUAAUAUCAGUAUUUUCCCACCGUGUUCAAAAGGAAUCACAAAGUGCAACUUUUCUAUGGAGAAUCUCACCAGCAUCAGUGGUCUUGGGCUAAAUCACCCUGUGCGGAGACUACUACUCCCCAGUGGUAGCACAGAGGUGGUGAUGACUCACUGUCAAGAUAGAAGUCUGGAAAUGUCUCCCCCAUGUUUGUGGGUUGUCAGUCAAAGUGGGGGAAAUAUGUAGUGCGAUUGAUCAACACCUGCUAUUGAAAUACCUCAGUCUUGCAGUGGGCACUCUAGGGUAAAAACCAUAGACAUAGAAUUCAAAUCUAUUUCUAUGGGGUCUAUUCUAUUUCUAUGGUAGAGACCAAGGAGUAGUCAUCACAUCUGAUAUGGUCGCACAGCAUCCUGGGUAUAGUAGUUCCGUUGUUAUUCUUGGGACGUACUCACACCACUUUUUACCAGGCUUGCUGCUGCAGCCACUGCCUAACAUUGCUGAGACAUGGGAUGUGAAAAAGACAUGCAGCAGUAACCCAGCUAGCACAUUUAGUUCCUUGGAAGUUGUGGGACAGAAGUUUUUGGUUUCCAAUUGAUUCUGGGAACAAAGCCAUAAGUUUCCUGAUCGGUAAAACUGAACGUUUUUAAAACGUUCUGGGAAUGUACAUUUUUAGGUUGCACGGAGGUUCUGAGAACCUUUUACUACGGUUCCCUGAAUGUUUUCAUGGGAGGUUUUAUUAACGUUCUGAGAACGGAAAUUAUAGGUUAUUUGAAGGUGAUCAAAUAACGCUCUGAGAACAUUCUCUAAAUGUUGUGAAUGUUUGGAACUAAAUAUUAAGGUUAUUUUGAGGUUUUUGAAUCACUUAAAACGUUCACUGAACGUUUCAAUAAGACUGCUAGCUUAGGUUGACUGUUUUGAACUCCAAGCAGAGAUAGGACACACGGAAAUGAAUCAUGCAAACACAUGUAUUUUUUUUUAUUUUGGCACAGCGUCAGUGAGAUUCAAACCUAUGAUCUUCUGUUCUCUGUCCAUGGAAUUAGUUCACUGCGACAGCAGCAUGGAGCUACAGUAGCAUGCCAUGUUUUUUAAACUCAUACAAAGAUGUUAAUUUUAGUAUAUUCCAACGGACCCCAUUUCAAAGGAAACUCAUUAAGACCAGGGCGCCCAAUUAUUGGGGACAACACACCUCAACACACUUACGAAGAAAGAGGAUAGAGAGAGUUUUGUUGACACUGAGAAUAGAUGUAUAAGAUUUGAAAUAACAUUAUUAUAAUGUUCUUUGAACGCUACAAUGUUUUUUUCUCGUGGUUCUUAUGUAACAUUUUGUCAAUGUUCUUAAAACAAUGGCUUUAAAUAGAACCGUGAGGAAAUCUGCAGAAAACUUUACACUAAAAGUACUGAAAUUCCCACAGAAUAACGUUGUUUCUUAACGUUCUCAGAACUAUUUCAGAAUAUUCCCAAUGUCAAACCAGUUGACAUUAUUCCUUUAACAUUACACCUUUUUCUGUUAAAUGUAACCAUGUUUGAACUUUUAGGAAACAUUCUGUUAAAGUAAUGAAAUAACAAGAAAAUAAAGUGUUUUUUGUCAAGUUCCUUAAAUGUGUUGAGAAGGUUCCAAAGCCAAGCAACUAUCCUGUACCAUUCCCAGAAAGUUGUGGGAAUGUUGAAUGCAAAAUAACCAUGGGACAACCACCCGGUCACCAUGCUCUAAGAAACUUAUGGUUCUCAGAACGUAAUGUGCUAGCUGGGAAAGUACCUUAGGGCUGCAUUUAUGCAUUUUCAGUUACGAUAACGGCUUUGUCGUAAGGUUGAAACAUGGUUAUGAUAUGGGUUGUACAGUGCAUUUAUUCGUCUGAUCCAUGUUUCCAUUGCAACACUAUUGUAAAACACUUAAAAGGGAGAAAAAAAUUCAAAUUUAAUGAAAAAAAAAAAGUUGACUAUGAUAUAAUGCAUUUUUGCACCUUAUAUAUACUAUUCAUGUUUGUAUUUCCAAGGGAAAUGUAGUAAAUGACACUCACAUGAUAUUGUUGCAGUUGAAUUGCAAGGACAAAAAAAUUGAACAUUUGCUAUUGAAUAUGUCUAUGAUGCUGUUCUAUACACAGCAUCAAUCUGCACCUUGAGUUUUGUGUCCAUCCCCUGAUGUCCAGUACUAUUGUAAUGAUAAUAAUGGUGAUAAAUAAUGUAAUCUAUCACAUAUAUACCCAAUGACCAACAUCACAAACUACAUUGAACUUGAAUUGUAUCAUAGUGGACGCUGUGAAAGAAUGACUGUCGAUGGGGUGGAGAGAGCAGUGCCCCAACAGACAGAUGACUUAUACCUAUUAGAGACCACAUCACACACAUUCUAUCCCAUCCGGCACACAACAAUCAAGUAUUUUUUACAGAAGUAGUGUGGGACAGACAGGUGCAAAUGUCACUUUAACACUAUCCAGUUACUAGUAAAUGGUGCUGCUUUUUACCUGAAACGGUUGUCCUUUACCCAGUCCUAUGUGCACGCACACACACACACACACACACACACACACACACACACUCAAGGACUUUUUAAUAACAGAGAUUUACUAAAAUGGUGCCCAUAGCAUCUGCAAUUAAAGAUGGUGGCUAUUGACUUGCGGGAAGAAAGAAAAAAACAUAUUUGCAAAAUGUCUAUUUGCAUUGUUCAUUUUUGCUUAAAAGUUGUUUAUUGACAAUACGUACGAUGAGGUAUUUCUACUCCCUAUCUUGCCAUGAGCUAAGAGGGUUGCUGUAAAAGUAGCCGGAGUCAAAGGUCUAGGGAAUUCUAGUGAGAGAGAGAGCAAGGCAUUUACAUUUUUCUGACGUUACUCCGUUGCUUUGGCGGUGCUCGGCAACACCACACUUGGAGCUUAUUGUUUCAAUAAACGGUAUAUUUCCUUCAAAAAAUGAAACUGUACUUAUACUAGAUGACAUGAUAUACUGGCUUUUGUGUUGUACUGCGUGUCAUUGAUAUAGUAUUUCCAUUUACCCAUAUGAACAGUAGAUGAACAGUAGAUUGGAUUUUUUUUUAUAUAAUUCAUUUAUUCCCAUAUACUUGUUAUGUUAGGGUUGUAAGCUUCUAGCACCAGUGGUCGACUAGGAAUUUUCAAUAGAAUGUGAUGCAAAAACAGGGUGAGCUGUUAUAUAACCACAUAGCCUAGAUUGAGACCAUUUUUAAUUGCGACCUUUUGAAAGGGCAACACACAGUAAGCAACAGUUCAGUUGGUCAGAUACGUUGCCAGAUAUUUUGCUAAAAAAGGGUGGAAAGUAGUUGAAUAAACUGGGACUUUCCUCGUUCCUCUAUAGCUUCUGGUAAACCACUCAACGUCUCCAAUUUCAUUUCCUGACAUCGGUCUCUCUCUGCUGUGAACCUCAAUGAAACCGUUACGUACCAGACGGCCUUAAACACAUCGAAAGCAAAAUCAUAUACGAACGUAGAGUCACUAACAAUGCAACAACAACAAAAAUGGUCAUAGGAGAUGUGUAGGUGCUGUGUAAAAGCAAACAGUACAGUAUUGUGAUUCUAUGUGGACACAAAGUCCAUGUCUGGUCUAAGUGAGGUAACAGCAGAAAGUGAGAGACAUUGAUAGCUUAAUGAAAAACAGUCAGAGGUUCCCAUUAGAUUAGAGUAUGAUCGUUGAAAUGACGUCACUUUCACACCCGUGGUGGUCUCAUCUGAAAGAUUCAUAACCACAGGGUCAACAACUGCUGCUAUAGUGACGUACUCGUAACUAUUCACCACAGUUACCAAUUUGCACACUGAUACAUAACACCAAAUUUCAAGAUUAUAUUAAACAUGAUAGAUUGGCCAAGGCAAAUAGUUCAUGGAUCUUCACGUUCUUCUUUCCCCUUUAUCGUUUCCUAGUCUUUAGUUAUUCAUAUUGUGUGAUAUUAUAAUGUAUGGCCCUCUACAUUAGGUGCAUAAAUUGAGACAGCAAUUUUUUUUGUCUUCGUAGAAAGUGAAUUGCCCUUUCUCCAAUCUCAAACAUACUCUAUUAUCAUGUUUGUCCCAUACCGUAUACCUUCCCAUGAUCUAAGGAGGGUUUGCAAGUUUGGAAACUACGUACGAUGGGGGAAAAUAUCCUUAGGUGCCUUAAAAUCAGACUUACAAGAAUCUAUGAAUGAAUGUUUGAGGUCUUUGGUUGGAAUACGAUGCCAUGCAGAGUGCUUGGCCAUCUCUGGAUGUGUUGAUUGAGUUGCAAUGUCACCUCAAAGGGCUGUUUGGGAGGAAAGCUAGCUUGUUUUUGUUUUCAUCCAAAUGCCUUCAUAUUAGUAGUUUGGAUUAGCAUUGGAUCAUUUUGAAUUGUUAUACUGUUGUAUGACUGCAGCACAAGUUGAUAAUUGAAGAGGAUGAGAUGAUGUGAAAAUUGAAUUGAUACAUUUUGUGUGAUUUGUGUUUAAACUAUGCUUUUGGUAAGAUCUGUCAUUGUUGGCAUCCAUUCAUUCUCACAGGUAGAGAUUGUUCCCAUUAAUCAUGGGGGGGGGUUUGGGACAUGUUACCUUUGGUGUAAUCCACAGGUUUGGUGAUUCAUAUUUAUUGGUACAUGCCCCAAGUUUACGUUAUGUCACCGGUAUGCAAGUGUCUUCGUGAUUGGUACACACUGUACAUUUUUUAUCAUCAUGAAAUCUUGUAUGUUGAUGGUCUUUGAUUUAUUUUGACCAACAGAAAGUGCAGCGUAGACAUUUUUCAUCCGAAUCAAACUGAAUCAAUGCAACAGGAGCGAACAUAGGUUAUGUGUGUACGUGUGUUUGCAUUUGUGUGUGCCCUGCGUGUGUGUGUGUGUGUGUGUGUGUGUGCGAGUGUGUGUGUGGCUCGGAGGGGGAUGGCAGAGAAAAACAACAUCCCAGGGAGUAUUUUUCCUUGCUAUGAUAUCGUAACCUCGUCCCAGUUCUCAAUGCUUUAUGGCUUAUUAUCGUUACCACAAACUAGAGACUGACUAAACUUGACCUGCUAAAAAGUGCAAUAGUGUUUCAUACAACAGGCAGGCACACAUACAGCUAUUUACCUCAAUGUUUGAGAGUCAGUUACAGUGACAACACACGGCCACCACACGCCUGUGUCCUAUGCAGUAGUCCUGCCAGCCUGCACCAUGUCCCCAUUUCUACAGACAUUCCCUCUAACGCACGAUGGCCCCAGUGGAAAUGAAUCUUUGUUUGCUGAUCUUUAUGGAAGUGGACAUUGUCUUCAGAAGGUUGAAGAAUUGAAUUGUUGUGCACAGUUCAGAUCUCAGUACGUUUUCAGUCAUCUUGAUCUAUCUUCAGAAACGUCUGUGUUUGCACACUUACUGGCCAUCUUGAUGGGUCAUUCUGAAAGCAGCUUGAUAUUCUAUUGAACCCACAGUACAUCACCCUCAUCUAAUAUGCAGUAUGUCCAUGAUGAAUUGCUUUCCUGAUUGCAUUUUAAUGAUUGGAAAUCAUCAGACUUAAACGCUAAACACACGUAUAAACAGACAUUUAGAAUAACAAAUUGCAUCAUAUCAAAGUUCUUUGGUGUGAUAUUUUGUUCUGCAGCCCUUUUACGUGUGGAACUCUUUUAGGGGCUAAAACGUACAAUGUUCCAUGAGUGACAUUUUUGCUACAUCGUCUUGGGCACAUGUGUUUGGUGGGCUGUUGUGCUAUAAACCUCAAAGAAGUCAGUAAAGGUGCUGAAGUUAAUUGAACUUGUUUUUUCUUGUUUUCUUUCUCAAGAAUUACAGAGAUUGGUUUAUUCUGACAAUCAGCGCACAAACACAGGUACGCGCACACACACACUACACAGCAGUAAGACAAAAUGUCCUCAAGAUGGCACCCUAAAUUCUUUAUUUUGAACAAUUCGUCUUGAGGUAUUUUGACACCAACACGAUUUUCUAUGGCCCUGUAAACUUUGCUUGAGUUUUUCUUUCAAUUUUUUCCUUUUUUCCAGUGCAGUUUCACUCUAAGAAUGUCUCUCUCUCUCCUCAUAAAAUAUUUGAUUCAAUAAGGAGCACAGUGUUGUUCUUAUCAUUAUCACUGAUUUUGGCCACUGACCUUCCACAAAAUACCAUGGGCUCUUUCUUAAUUUCCUUGAGGCAAUGUUAUUUUAUUUUAUUUUAAAAGGUUUGAGCGAGUCAGAGCUGCUUUACAUUGAAAACCACAUGGACUGAAUGUGACCACUGCCCGUUUAGCAAUAAGCUUCAUUCAAUGCAUUGUGGCCAUACAUCACAUCACAACAUCUACAGUAUGGCCUUCUAAUUUGACCUGCCACCCAAACACUUUAUUCCUUAGUCAAUGCCAAUGGAGGGUUCUGCCUACAAGGUCUCCCAUUCCCCUGCUAUUACCUAGGCCUACAUGUACAGUGCCUUUGGAAAGUAUUCAGACCCCUUGACUUUUUCCACAUUUUGUUACAUUACAGCCUUAUUCUAAAAUGUAUUAAAUAGUUUUUUCCACUCAUCAAU